CAUUCUCGGCGCGACUCACCCCAGUCGGAUCGCGAGCCGGAGAAUCUACCGCCAUCCGCCACCAUGGUGAACUUUACAGUAGACCAGAUCCGGGCCAUCAUGGACAAAAAGGCCAAUAUCAGAAACAUGUCCGUAAUAGCUCAUGUGGAUCAUGGCAAGUCAACUCUGACGGAUUCCCUGGUUUGCAAAGCUGGUAUUAUUGCUUCAGCCCGUGCUGGUGAGACCAGGUUCACUGACACGAGAAAAGAUGAACAGGAACGGUGUAUCACUAUUAAGUCAACUGCCAUUUCUCUCUUCUAUGAGCUGUCAGAAAAUGAUUUGAACUUCAUCAAGCAGAGCAAAGAUGGUUCUGGCUUUCUUAUCAAUCUCAUUGACUCACCUGGGCAUGUUGAUUUCUCAUCAGAAGUAACAGCUGCACUCCGGGUUACUGAUGGUGCCUUGGUUGUGGUGGAUUGUGUAUCUGGUGUGUGUGUUCAGACUGAGACUGUACUUCGCCAGGCCAUUGCUGAGAGAAUCAAGCCUGUUCUGAUGAUGAACAAGAUGGAUCGGGCCUUACUUGAGCUGCAGCUGGAGCCUGAGAAACUGUAUCAGACAUUUCAGCGAAUUUUAGAGAAUGUGAAUGUCAUCAUCUCCACCUAUGGAGAGGGAGAGAGUGGCCCCAUGGGAAACAUCAUGAUUGACCCAGUCCUUGGUACUGUUGGAUUUGGUUCUGGACUUCAUGGUUGGGCCUUUACUCUGAAGCAGUUUGCAGAGAUGUAUGUCGCAAAAUUCACAGCCAAGGGUGAAGGUCAGCUGGGACCAGCUGAAAGGGCCAAGAAAGUGGAAGACAUGAUGAAAAAACUUUGGGGUGACAGGUAUUUCGAUCCUGCUAAUGGGAAGUUUAGCAAAUCUGCUACUAGCCCUGAUGGAAAGAAGUUGCCUAGAACUUUCUGCCAACUCAUCUUAGAUCCAAUCUUCAAGGUAUUUGAUGCAAUUAUGACCUUUAAGAAAGAGGAAACUGCAAAACUGAUUGAAAAACUUGACAUCAAAUUGGACAGUGAAGAUAAAGACAAAGAAGGAAAACCACUUCUAAAGGCUGUGAUGAGACGUUGGCUGCCUGCUGGAGAUGCACUUCUCCAAAUGAUAACCAUCCACCUGCCUUCCCCUGUAACUGCUCAGAAAUACCGUUGUGAACUGUUAUAUGAGGGUCCCCCUGAUGAUGAGGCUGCUAUGGGAAUUAAAAACUGUGAUCCUAAGGGUCCCCUGAUGAUGUACAUCUCUAAAAUGGUGCCAACCUCUGACAAAGGCAGAUUCUAUGCUUUUGGCCGUGUAUUUUCUGGUCUUGUUUCCACUGGCCUAAAAGUCAGAAUCAUGGGACCCAAUUAUACCCCGGGAAAGAAAGAAGAUCUCUACCUGAAGCCAAUUCAAAGGACAAUUCUGAUGAUGGGCCGAUACGUUGAACCUAUCGAAGAUGUGCCUUGUGGUAACAUUGUUGGUCUGGUUGGUGUGGAUCAGUUCCUUGUGAAAACGGGUACUAUUACUACUUUUGAGCAUGCCCACAACAUGAGGGUGAUGAAGUUUAGCGUUAGCCCUGUGGUGCGAGUAGCUGUUGAAGCAAAGAACCCAGCUGACCUGCCCAAACUAGUGGAAGGACUGAAGCGUUUGGCCAAGUCUGACCCUAUGGUCCAGUGUAUCAUUGAGGAAUCUGGAGAGCACAUUAUUGCUGGUGCAGGGGAGUUGCAUCUGGAGAUCUGCCUGAAAGAUCUUGAAGAAGAUCAUGCAUGCAUUCCCAUCAAGAAAUCGGACCCUGUUGUCUCCUACCGUGAGACAGUCAGUGAGGAGUCAAGUGUUCUCUGCCUUUCCAAAUCUCCCAAUAAGCACAACAGGCUAUACAUGAAGGCUCGACCCUUCCCUGAUGGCCUGGCUGAAGAUAUUGACAAAGGUGAAGUUUCUGCUCGCCAGGAGCUCAAACAAAGGGCUCGAUAUCUGGCGGAGAAGUACGAGUGGGAUGUGACUGAGGCCCGUAAGAUCUGGUGCUUUGGCCCUGAUGGAACUGGGCCCAAUGUUCUUACUGAUAUCACCAAGGGAGUACAGUACCUUAAUGAGAUCAAGGACAGCGUGGUGGCUGGAUUUCAGUGGGCUACCAAGGAGGGAGCACUGUGUGAGGAGAACAUGCGCGCAGUCCGUUUUGAUGUACAUGAUGUGACCCUGCAUGCUGAUGCCAUUCACCGUGGUGGUGGUCAAAUCAUUCCCACAGCCCGGCGCUGCCUGUAUGCCUGUGUGCUGACUGCCCAGCCUCGUCUUAUGGAACCUAUCUAUCUUGUGGAGAUUCAGUGUCCAGAACAAGUGGUUGGUGGCAUUUACGGUGUCCUGAACAGGAAGCGAGGGCAUGUGUUUGAGGAGUCCCAGGUUGCUGGCACCCCCAUGUUUGUUGUGAAAGCUUAUCUGCCUGUCAACGAAUCUUUUGGCUUCACAGCUGACUUGAGGUCUAAUACAGGUGGCCAAGCCUUCCCCCAGUGUGUAUUUGACCAUUGGCAGAUCCUUCCUGGAGAUCCUUUUGAGAGUAGUAGCCGCCCUUGCCAGGUUGUGGCAGAUACCCGCAAACGUAAAGGGCUGAAGGAAGGUAUCCCAGCCCUGGACAACUUCCUGGACAAGUUGUAAAAGCUCUCUCCAACAUCAGUUCAAACUCCUGUUGGACUCUAGCAUAACACCAAUGCAGAAAAUUGUUAAAACUGCAGUGACAUCUCUUUGCAUAUACUUAAUCAGUUCAUAGCAACUUGAGACUUUCAAAACACAUUGAUAUUCAGCCUUAUAGGUUUCUGUGUUGCACAUGACACAUUUGGGGCCCACUCGGUGCCAUAACUUGAAACAUUUCCACUUGAUGCAACUUGAGUUGUCUGUUUCCAUAUUUAUUCAAGACUUCAAAGAGAAAAAAAAUCUCUUUGUAGGUUAUAUUUGGCCAGGGGGGUGGGUGGGGGAUGAGUACCUCUAACAUUUUUUUUUUUCCAUUUCUCAAAGGGAAACAAUAGUGCCCAAAAAAUUGCAAAAUGAGUGCAUUAAGAGGUUUUGCUUGGGUAAAUGGCCUGUAGUGGAUCUUCAGGAAAGGGUGAAGGGAAAGUUUAGGAGAUAUUUUCUAGUUGGCCAGAAACUAGAAGGCAAGAAAAUUUUGUGCAGUGUGAUUGUCAUCAUGAACAUCUACAGAUGUAUUAGUGCCAUUGGAAUAAUAAAUUUGAUAUGGUGAUGAAUAUCAA